AUGUCUAACAGCGCUGUCGGGUUCUCAUUCCAGGCAGAUGUGGUCAAUGUAGGCUCACUGGCACAUCUAAUCACCGGUCGAGUCCUGAAAUCUCUCAGCGAUGGCGGAGUCGAUCUGUACGCUGUGACUGCGUCCAUCUGGCUUGGGAAGCAUUUCCAGGUGCAGAAAAGCCUAGAGACUACCUUGUAUUUUCAUCUGGCAUCACGGAAAGGCACUCAAGGCUUUCUGGCCAAGGCAUUGAGUAUCGGCUGGGGCCACACCGAGGUUGCGGUCGAGAUGGCCCGGACGAAGGCUGGCACGAACGCCUUGCUCCUCAUCGGCGCCAUUUCAUGGGGAACUUCUGACUUCAUGGCCACCCAGUGCCUCUCCGAGCUACUUGAGGUCUUCGUGUGUGAGGCUGAUCGACUUCCAAGUGUCGACGUGCUGAGGGCCAUGGUUGCAUACUUGGGUCCGGUUGUUGCAGACUUGGGCUUUUCGACAGUGUUGCAACACGUCACGACAACGGCAGAACAUACAUUACUACGACACCUUACCACCUCGGGAAAAUAUACAUUACCUCAUUCGAUCGAGCACGCCUCCAGCUUUGCCGGUCUUAGCUGCCUCGGAGACGCGUCAGUGGUGGCAGGAGCCAUCAAGCAGUUGAUAUUGACCUCGCAGCGUGGCGAGACGAACUACAUGGUUGUUCGGCAGCGCGGCGCACGGCUCGCAACGUUUGCUAGCCAUAUCCUUGGCAUGUCAGUGGGACUUAUGCUCGACGAUACGGUAUUGUGGGCGAGCGCUGGAGCGAAUGGCAGUGUUGUACUGCAGCUUCGUCCUCAAUACACGGGCCCGUCAACUCUUCAGACUAUGUCGCAGUCGAAAAUCAACCUGGUAGAUGCACCUUGCCGUUUCACAUCGCUCACACCAGAGAUGGUCACGGCGGUUUGUAGAGGUAUUUGUAACUUGUCCUUCACACCGCUUGAUCGAUUGGAUAUCGGGCCUGAUGAGCCUUAUUCGAACAGCCACAAAAUCAACGGCAAAUUCCCAUCGUCGCUGGCAUUGUUGGACACAUUUGCGGACUUCAACAUUCCCCGUGCCGCCGUCAUGGGAUUUGGCGACUGCACCAGCCGUGGCAUGCCAGGGUGGACAGAACCAGAGACUCGAGCGAAUGGAUUCUCAUAUCUCGAGUUUGCAGAUGCAUUACUGUUUCAGAAGGCCUGCAACAGUCACCAGGAAGGAAAUAAUACCCAUACAAGUUGCCUGUGCUUCUACUUAGGGGGUAUUAUUCACGGCUUCGCCUCCACCAUUGUGGCCCUCGCUCAAUGUCAGUACGAUCUGACCCAACUGCGAAUUCGGGCUGAGCUUACCAACGGCACCGUAGAGACCUCCUGGUACCGAGGGUGUGCGGGCGCCAACCUACCUGGAUUUAUCAGCAGUCGCGAUCUCUUCGCCCACCUCGUCCAGCUCUUUCCUGGGGGCGACACGACCUUGACGCAAGAGAACACCUGGGUGGACCCAUACGGAAACACAGAAAUGCAGGAGCUUGAUGGCCUCAGCAUCCUGGGCGCCUCCGGUUACGCAUACACCACAUACUAUACCUGCCUACUGAAGGAGGACUGUGACGAUAGCCAAGGUCGUGUUAUAUCCCUGUCACCCGGAAGAGCAAGCGUCAGCGGCGCCAUCCAAGGGUCCUUUAUCGAGUCGCACUACAGGCCGGGGAGUCUAAAAACCUACAUGGACGUGGGGUUGCGAGUGCAGGAGAUCUGGGUCUCGACUCGAAUUGGUCCCGAGCCCUCCAUGACAUCGAGUGUGUCCCUGAAGAGGUGCAUAGCCUAUCUGUUGUCCUGCGUCAGAUUCACACCGGCAUGUCCCCAUUCCGUGGACCAGCCCUACAGGGUGCGCUCCGCGCAGCGCCAGUUGCGACUCGCGCCAUUUUCCGAUAUAGAGUACGACGACGACGACGACGACGACGACGAUGGGGACGGGGACGGGGACGGGGACGGGGACAGGGACGGGGACGGGGACGACCACCACAUGAGGGAUCUGAUUCUGUUCGCACUGAAGGGGCAGAAGCUGGAACAGAUCAUCCAGUGUGGUUGGGCCCCAGGGAAGGUUAGGGAUGCUGCUCUGAAGCACCAUACCAACACCAAAAGGCCCGCUGCCGUGACACUUGCGGGACGAAAGCCGGUCUCUCUGGGUCCGGCGUUCGCCGAGGACGAAGAGGACGGCGAAGAAGACCCCGAUCCCAUACUUCCCCCCGCAGAGGUACCCAUACCUAGACAUCGUCCCAGUCGCGGCCGCAGUACCCCGUAG